UCAAGGGGUAUCUUGCACAAAGACAAUUCAGAGAUGGUGGAAAUCAGGAUAAAGCCAAUUCUGUCCCUUUCAUCUCCACAGGUGAAAGCUCCAAAAACCAAAGAACCAAACAGAGUGAGUUUCCUUAUUCGGAGAGAGCUUGAACUUGAGAAACUGCGACAGAUCACAAACAGUGUUUUAAGCCAUAAUACCCAAGAGAACCAAGUACAGGACAAUAAGAAGUCAGUUGAGUCACAACCGGAUGAAAUUCCAGUCACAUCUUUGAGGGCGAGUCUAAGCAAAAGUCCCACAACUGAUUUAGAGCAAAGCACAGUCUCUGCAGAUGACAUGUGGAUUACAGAGCAACCUGCCCUAGUAGAGGAAGGUGACCUCUUGGACUCAAAAGAAGAUCUUUCGCCUUGCUGUCCUCAUCGACAUCCUGAUGAAUCUAUCCUUCAGAGAAACACUGACAGCAGCACUUUUGGAAACCAAGUAAGUGCAUAUCCUGAGGACAACAACCAUUCUAAAGUAAGGGUUCAUAAAGAAAAUGGUGUUGAGUGCCAAACCGAUAAUCCCAGAACGAAGAAAGGGCCAUCCUGGAUUGUGGAAAAUGACAACAGUAUGUCAGGAAAGAACAGAUUUUACUCUCGAAAUACUCCGUCCCCACUGGAACCCACAAAAACUAGUCGGUACACUCCUACCUGGCGAUCUCACCUUGAGUACACCGACUGGAGCCCCAAAAUUCAGAAUGCCCCAAACAACAUCCGUCAAGAAAUCGAAGAAGACCUCAGACGAGAACAAGAGCUCCAAGAGCUGAGAGAGUCCAGUAGUCAGUCUUUCUCAGUACCCAACUCAGCAUCCGUGAAUCCAGCGCUAACUUCCUCUGAACCCAGGUCCCCACUAACCAGUGAGGAAACUGUGUUUUCACCACAAACUCCACAUGGGAACAUGGCAGAAGUGGAUUCUGUACUUCCAGAAAAGAAGACUAAUUAUAGUAAUCCUUAUUCCUGGAGUCUGGACACUUCUCGAUUAUCCAUUACAGAUAAAAGUCCACAGUUGUCCUCACCGCGACCCAGUUUCAGACUUCCCUCUAUGUCAAUUAUGACACCCCAGCCAUGGGGCAGCCCAAAACCCAUGUCCCCAACUGUUUCCCGGGUAACCCCCAUCAAGCCCUUGAGCGUACUUGCUGACCCGCCAUCGCCUUCUUCCCAGAAAGGACUGACUGAGACACUGCUAAAGGACUUUGAGGACAGACGGAUCAAACUGAAGCUGGAAGAAAGUGCA